UUAGUUUUAAAAGUUUUCGUUUUUUCUUAAAUGUUACGUACGUCAAGUCAAACUAUGCCACAUAAAAUGAAGGAGCGGGAAAGUAGUAUACAUCAACUAAUAUUGUUACUCAUUUUUUAAUUUACUAAUAAGAAAUUCUUUUUCCCAUGCAUUAUUCUAAUUUUUUUCCAUCAACUUGAUUUUUCAUAUAGAUCAAGUCAGAAGAUUACUUCUAAAUUGGGAAAAACGAGUUCAAGUAAUUGAAGGCAUUAUUCAAGGGCUCCUAUAUCUCCAAGAAUACUCAAGAUUAACAAUUAUUCAUAGGGAUUUGAAAGCCAGCAAUAUUUUAUUGGAUAUAGAUAUGAAACCAAAGAUCUCUGACUUUGGAAUGGCAAGAAUAUUUAAGAAGGAUGAAGUUGAAGCAAAUACCCUACGAGUAGUUGGAACAAUGGGUUAUAUUCCACCUGAAUAUGUGGAACAAGGCAUCUAUUCAACAAAAUCUGAUGUUUUCAGCUUUGGAGUACUUUUUCUUCGAAUCAUAAGUGGAAAGAAGAAUACAUGCCUACACGGUCCAGAUGAAAACUUGAACCUUCUUGAAUAUGCAUUUGAGAUGUGGAGAGAUGGAAAUGGUAUGGCGUUUAUGGAUCCAUCACUUGAUGAUACAACCUCAUCUUGUAAACUAUUGAAAUGCAUGCAAAUUGCCCUAUUAUGUGUCCAAAAAAAUCCAUUGGAUAGGCCUACAAUGUUAAAAGUUUCGUAUUUAUUAAAGGAUGUGAAUUUAGCUAUGAAUUCUCCCAAAAGGCCUGCAUUUUCUUCAAGGGAAGAUGAAGAAGUUGGUAAUCCAAAUGGCUCAGUACAGGAAAUUGGAGAAGUUGACACUGCAACAAUUACACAAUUGUUUGCACGAUAAUGUUACUCUUUGUAAUUCAAUGAAUCACUUGAAAAAUUGUA